UUCAUGAGAAAUGUUCAGCGCUUGCGCAAUGCAUAAUUUCUACUGCUUGCUGUGAGGAAUGCAACUUUUCUGAAAAAUCAACAAAAUGACAUCCUAUGGUCCUGCUAUGCCACCAGGCCUCUGCAGUAAAGCACAAAUGGAUGAAGAUGAUGACGAUGGUGACGUGGUAGGCCCUGCAUUACCUCCACACCUUCUGGGGAAGCCAAAGGCAGAUGAUGAAAGCGACGAUGAUGACGGAAAGGAGGAAAUAGGACCUGCUCUGCCACCCCAUUUACUACCAGCAAAAACUAAACAGGAUGAAAGUGUUGAGAAUGAGUUUGGUGUUCAGCUUCCGCCAGAUUACAGUAGAUGGAACGCAUUCGAUGUCGAUGCCAGCGACAACGACUUUGGUGAAAGCGAUGAUGAAAUUACCCCAUCUAAUGCUCAUGAUAAGCAAGUUGAAGAUGAUGAUGAUGAUGCAUAUGGACCAGCAUUACCGCCUGGUUAUAAAAAACAAGAGCACACAGAUGAUGUUGAUUCAACGUCAGACUCACAUGUAAGAAAUUAUGGUCCAUCUCUUCCGCCUGGUCUCCAUAGCAACAGAAUGCCAGCAGAGCCUUCAGAUAGUGGUCAUGAUGAUGAUGAGGAGGAGGAGGAUGAUGAUGAGGAGGAGGAGGAUGAUGAAAUGAUUGGACCUAUGCCUUUGAAACCAGGUAGUGAUGGAGUCUACUCAUUAUCAGCGGCAGAGGAAUUUGAGAAACGAGCAGCCGCAAUGAAAGAAAAGCUUGAAAAUAAGGAUAAACCACAGCAGCCCAAGAGAGAGACAUGGAUGAUGGAAUUGCCCGGCUACUCUUCUAACUUUGGUCUUGGACCUAGGAGCUUCAGAAAGACGGCCAGACCGGAGGAAAAGGACAGAUCAGAGUGGACUGAUACCCCUGCAGAUAAAGCAAGGAAGGAAAAGGAGAGAGCAGAGAAGAGAAGGAUGGAAGAGAAAGCAGGGAGGAGUCGGAAAGACGACGCACCAGAGGAGAUAUCACAGAGAGACAAGAGACUAGCGGAGAUGGUUGCUAAACACAAUGAGACAAAGAGAGGAGAGAGUUUGGUUGACAUGCAUACUAAACAUCGAAAGAGGAAACUGGAAGAGGAUAAGGACAAGCCAGUUGAAAGGAGACCAUUUGAUCGUGACCUUGACCUCAAUGUCAACCAGUUUGAUGAGGCCAAGCGGAAACUUCUCAUCAAGAAGUCUGCUCAACUGAAUGACAAGUUCUCACAUGGCAAGGACAAAGUUUACUUGUAGUUGAACAAAGAGGGAGCCCUUUUGAUUUGUCAUCUUCAUAAAGCUCUUUAAGAAGCCUGCUCAGCUCAAUGACAAGAUCUCAGAUGGCAAGGACAAAGAUUACCUGUAAUUUAACAAAGAGGGAGCCAUAUUUGUCAUCACCAUGAUACUCCUGGUCAAGAAGU